AUGGCUUCUCUCAGAUUUGUUCGCUCGCUCCGUAUUACCGCCGCCAGGCCCGGUCUUGUCAACUUUGAGCUAGACAUUCAGAAACAGCACACGAAUCGUCUUAACAUCCUCCACGGAGGCACCAUCGCCAGCAUGGUUGACCUGGGUGGCUCCCUGGCCGUUGCAUCUCGUGGCCUUUUCUCGACCGGAGUGUCAACCGACUUGAACGUGACAUACUUGAACUCCGGUGGCAAAGUUGGAGAUCGGAUUCUUGCCGAAGUGAAAUGUGACAAAUUUGGCAAGACGCUUGCGUUCACUUCAAUCGAGUUCACCAACCCGAAUGGGCACGUUGUCGCCCGCGGAAGUCACACGAAAUACGUGACCCUGGCCUGGAAAGAUCCUCAGAACAUCGUUGAGGAAAUGAACAAGACCAAGGAUUAA